UGCUAUGCACUACUCUAUACGUAUGAAUGAAGGGUUUCAUCCAUCUACUUUGCUCCUGGUACUCCCAGUCAGGAUAGUGGUUGAUAGAACACCCUCACAACCCCUUAACCCCUCAGUGCUUGCACACAGCCGUUGCUUGUUUUCCAUAUACACAAACCAUGACACACAGCCAACAGCGCCUGCGUCAAGAAGUAUUGCGCUGUCAGUGAAGUUCACCCAGCCCUCCUCGCGGAGUAUCGCCAACUGUGGUACGAGCCUAUUUCGUCACAGUCUUAUUCCCACGCGUGUGCUUUUAAUACAGGCACCUCCCGAGAACAUACAGGUACGGUCCACGGCAGCGCAGGUACGAGUUACCUCUAAAGGCGACCAGCUACAUCACGGCCUAAUCUGCCUUGGUCUGUGGCUGCUGGUGAAUGUGGUGCUCAUGUCGAGGAUAGCCCAGGACAACAAGCAGGUGUUCUCCUUCUUCUUGUACCUUGCGAGAAUACUCCUGGGGGCCACCUGUGCCUUUGACUUGGCCGGCGCUUUCGUGCAGCGUGUGUCAGGAAACGCACUCGCCAUGUCCUUUGACGCGCCCUACAUGUCUGAUUCCUUGGCUGAUUUCUGGGGCAGGCGGUGGAAUCUCUUUGUGCAGGAGAUGAUGAGGCGUACAGUGUACAUUCCAAGUAUAGCCUAUUUUGGCAAAGUCCACGGUCUGUCCUACCAGGCAGCUAAAGCGGUCGCAGUGAUGACGUGCUUCAUAGUAAGCGCCGUGGCACACGAGUACAUCAUGUGGAGUGCCAGUAGCAAGUUCACAUGGGAAUGGUUCACCUUCUUCAUAAUCCAUGGAGUGCUGGUGGUGCUUGAAGGCUACGCUUGGAAAUCGGGUCUGAAAGACGUUCCGGUUACGAUACGACGAGUUGUAUUCUAUGCCGUUGGCAUGACAACAGGGUUUAUGUAUAUGUGGCAACCUAUGAUGCGGGACAAUCUUGAUCGAAAACUCAUGGUCCCGAUUUUGGAAAGCGUUGGAAUCACUUCUACGAUGCUAGGAUACGAUGAUUAGUCACCCGCUGGCAACCAAAUAGCCAUUGAACAUCUCAUGAACGCC